AUGCUUGAACUUGCGCAUGGUGUGGAUGCCACUGUGGGCCCUUCCUGCUGGUGGACUCUGCCGCAUCUGGUGAGUCCUCCUCAACUGAACCGCUACUACGGCCACCAAGGUCCGGGCCGCUCUCACAGCCAGGAGGGGCGCGCGGGAGCGCGUCGGCACCCACGCACAGCGCUGCCGACCGCAGCGCUGCCGCCAACGCUGCUCUCUGGAGGCUUUGGAUUGGCGCUUCUUAGACGGCGGGCUUCGGCAUGGCGAGGGGCGUUCGACCCUCGCGGCCGUGCAUCGCGACGAGCACAAGGAGGACAAGGCAAUGCCCAGUCAGCUCAUGUGCGGGUGGUCACGUACAACGUGCUCUCACCAACGCUUUGCUCCCCGAAUCGAUUUCCACACUGCCGGUCAGAGGAUCUGCUAGAAUCUUUCAGAUGGCCGCGCCUCAUCGCCCAGCUCGAGGCUGCGCUAGCGGACUCCGUUCCCACAGUGUUCUGUUUGCAGGAGGUGGAUGAGCUCUGGGCAGGCAAGUUGCACGCAUACUUCCAAAGGCGAGGCUGGCACUUUGCCUAUGCCAUGACGCCCCUGACGUAUUUUCCACCAAUUGGUGUGGCCUUGGCUUUUCCCAGUGAUAUUGAGCUCGAGGAGAUCAUCAUGGUCCGUCCCGCUGGGCAGUUGAAGCUAACGUCCCGCUCGUCCACCCGUUGGCAGCGGUUCAAGGACUGGCUUUUUCCCCAGCGCGCACGGGACGAGGGAGCAGCCUGGGUUCUUGCAGCUCGAAAGCAGAAUCGGCUACUGGCAGCAAGGCUGAAGGUGAAGUGCGAGUCCAAGAGCUUCAUCGCUGCUACGUACCACAUGCCGUGCUUGUUCGAUGAACCGGUGCAGAGGCAGGCAAAGGCAAUCCACGCAAUGCUGCUGCGGGAUGCCCUGAUGCUGCGAUUCCCGCAGGAGCGGCUGGUCUUAGCCGGAGACUUUAACACGAAGCCAGAGGACUCCGAGCUCGAAGUGCUGAUGGAAGGGCAGCUUUCGGAAAUGGACGUGGCCUGGCCAGCGGCGUUGGAGGAUCAGGGUCUCGACUUCGCACGCUGGCAGGCCGGGCCACUCCAACUGCACAAUGCCUACGCGCACUGCAACCUGGACUACACCAACUAUGCUUGGAUUGAGGGAAGUCCGGCCCCCUUUCGGGCGACCUUAGACUACAUCUUCACCACUUCGCCCAUCGAGGUGGUGCAAGUCCUUACCCCGCCCCAAGUGCCGCUCGGGGCUCCCGUUCUUCCUACGGCUGAGCAGCCGUCAGACCACGUCUUGCUCGCGGCAGACCUGUCCCUGUGA